GUAGCGUGAAUACAGUGAUAAAUAAUUUAAUAAGAGGAAAGUAAUACCUUGAUUUAAUUAUAAAAAUGGAUCUUGUUACUCAAACAAGCCUAGAAGCUCUACUACUUAAAGCCACAAAUUCAAAAAAUCUUAAUUUCGAUACUGCCGCAGUAGAAGCUUUUUGCACAUUAAUUAACAAAGAACGAGAUGGGGCUCAUAUCGGUGUUAAAGUUAUCGCAGCAAAACUUCCGUCUGGCAAUGAAAAAGAAGUGUUGCAAACAUUAAAUGUUUUGGAUACCUGUAUGAGCAAGUGCGGAAGUCACUUCCAGAAUGAAGUAGGAAAAUUUAGAUUUUUAAAUGAAAUGAUUAAGCUAGUAUCUCCAAAGUACUUAGGAUCUCAGACACCUCUUACGGUAAAACAGAAAGUUUUGCAGUUAUUGUAUGUGUGGACAUUAGAUUACCCCAAAGAAACGAAAAUCAAAGAAGCGUUCGAUAUGUUAAGGAAACAGGGUGUUAUAAGGGAAAUACCAAAUCCCAACGUGCCAUCUUAUGAACCUGUUAACGUACCAAAGAGGAAGUUGACGAGCUCGGUUUUUCAGGACGAAGAAAAAUCGAAAAUAUUGCAAAAGUUAUUGCAGAGCAAGGAUCCUGAAGAUGUUCAAGCUGCCAACUGGUUAAUAAAGAGUAUGGUGAAAGAGGAUGACAAAAGGGCAGAACUGAAAAGUAAAAGAAUAUCAGAAUUGGAAUCCGUUCAAAAUAACGUAAGACUACUAAACGAAAUGUUGGAUUCUUAUAAACCGGGUAUAUCUUCGUCGGCAGAACUGGAUCUUAUCAAAGAGCUGUAUCAGAACUGUGAACGAUUAAGACCUACGAUUAACAAACUAGCACUCGAAACCCAUCAUAGUGAAGGGAUGCUAGGUGACGUGCUGGAAACGAGCGACGAACUAUCGUCCGCUUUUAACAAAUACAACUUAGUAAUCCUCAAGGGACAAACUUCUUCGCGACAUUCCAGUCAGGACGUUUUGUUGAAUUUCGACGCUGUUGAUAUAAAUUCUGCAAACGUUGCCUGUAAGGUACCAACCGUGAAGGAUGGAACAGAAAAUUCCAAAUCGUCCGUUGACGUUCUUUGUGAUAUUUUCACCGCUUCUAACAUUCCAGAUGCCGGAGAAGUUUUACAGCCCAUAUCAGUAUUAAAAUGUGAUAAAACAAGUGUGUGCGACGAUGACAAAGAAAAACAAAACAAAUUUAAGGCAUUAGAAGAGCUAGAUGUGUUGGGGGAACACUUGUUGAAAGAAAACUUGCAGACCGCCAGACUAAGCAGUUUUAACAAAAACUGCCAAGACAAAAUACCGAUGAAUCUCCUCAGUAAAAUCUCCGAAGCCAAACAUAAUCAGACGGCGACAAUUAAAGAAAACGAAUCUCUCAGUUUAGAUCUGAAUUAUUUGAUUAAAAUGAAAACUGAAAACGGCGACCCGAGUAUUAAAUCCGACAAGUCGAAAAGCACUCAAGAUUCCGGAGACGAUUUUCUCGUUGAUAUAAGCGACGAGAAGAUGUUGGAAGUCGAGAAGACGCCCGAUGCGGAAUCCUUGAAUAUUCCUGCAAGUACCGAAACCAAAGAUAAAAACGAAACUGACGUAAAAACGGAGAAGAACAGGAAAUGUGAUAUAAAGUUAAACGACGUGUGCGUGAAGCUCGAAAACGUCAAACCCAGCAGUUUUCCUCCGAUGAAGAUAUUGGACGAAAAGAAUGGCAUAAGCGUAACCCUCCACCUUGCAAAGGACAAGCCCAAAGAAGGAGUUAACGUGUACGUUAUCACGACGGUCAGCAGAAAUGAGUUACCAUUGAGCAAUUAUUUAUUCCAAGCCGUCGUGCCUAAGACUUGCAAACUCAAACUGCAGCCUCCAUCGGUGACGGACCUUCCAGCAUUCAACCCCUUUCUACCGCCAUCCGCAAUCACCCAGAUCAUGUUGAUAGCCAAUCCCGAGAAUGUACAAAUAUCGUUGAGGUUUAUAAUAAGUUACGUAAUGGACGACGACACGAUCACGGAAAUGGGAGAGGUCGAUAGUUUGCCUACGGUGUAGGUAUAACGUUUCAUGUUGUUAUAAAUCAGUAUUAAAGCCUAGACGUGGCUAUAUUAUGACACGAAAAGCUUAUCUAAACGUUCGUUCUGCUGAGACGAACAAAUCGUUCUCAGUAAGGUUUUAAAUAAAAUGUUCCUGGUGCAUAAAGUAACUUGUUUGGGUUUUGAUGUUACGAAAUAUGUGUUACAGCGUUUACUUAUUAGACUGCUGCAGAGUACCUAGUAAAUAUUAAAUAAGUUCAGUUGGUU